CAUUAAAUUUCGCUCCCUUAGCUUACUGAAAAGAAAAUGAAUACAAGUAGCAGAUCCCUCUGUAUAUUUGUCAUUUUUUUCUUCCACUCUAUUUAUUUUCCUGCUUGUGAGGCAGAUGUGGGAACUGCAGCUCACUAUAGCCCUCCCUACUCGCCAACGACGUGUUUCGGGAGCGAUCCGACUCAGUUUCCGUCGAGCAAUUUGUUCGCGGCGGCGGGAGAUGGGAUAUGGGACAAUGGAGCUUCCUGCGGAAGGCAAUACUUGGUGGGGUGUAUAAGUUCCAUAACGCCCGGAGCUUGCGUAAAGAACCAAACUAUACAGAUCAAGAUCGUUGACUACGCUCCGGGCGUCAUGUCCACGCCUUCUUCGUCCGGCACCACCAUUGUUUUGUCCGACGAGGCCUUCGGACUUAUUGCGGAUGCUCUCGCUGAUUCUAUCAACAUUGAGUUUCAACAGGUAUAAACAACAACAAUGUUUUGGUUUGUUGGUUUGUAAAUUGUCUCAAUUCAAUAUUAGAAGUAGUACUCCAGUACUAUAAAGUCUAAGUAUGUUCUGUAUGCAACUUAGUUUGUUAGUGGUGGUUGAGAUUAUAUAAAAGUUUGUUAGAGGGGUUUUCUAGAUGAUUCUAUUAUAAUUCAGUUUGUCUAUAUAAAAUACUGUUUCUUUGUUUUUACAACAAGUAAGUUGGUUUUCAUUUUGUAACUCAAACCUUUACAUUCAAGUUCGUUCACGGUAAUUCAAGUUUCUAGAUUAUUCCUA